AUGGUUAUGUCCAUUGAUGAACCGUUAUGGAAUAUCAAUAUCAACUCGAACAAUGACGAGUUUGACAUUGAGGAAAUGGCCUUUGGUCUACCUCCAAUCAACGAUGAAGCUAAACAGAUUGUAGAUCGGCUGAUAAAGGAGGAGAUGGAGUUAAUACUUCAAGAAUCAUCGCAAAAUAAUUUAAACAAUUUACUAAAGGGAUAUUUACAGCAAUUUGAUGCAAAUAAUCAGUUGCUAACUAACACUAAUUAUCAGAGCUCAUUGGCUUCGAAACACGAGAAAGAUGUAGCGCAAAAUGUGACACUUGAAAAGCUGGACUUUAAUCGCUACUCAAACUUUCCAGUAGAUGAAGCCAAAACGGAGGCGGAUGUAAAUGGAGUAACUGAUCAAUUGCGCGUGGUGAUGGAAUAUGCCAAUUCUGCAGUGAUAAAUGCCGAAUUGAUGGACAAAUUCAAGCAAGAGAGUUGGCAGAAGUAUAUUGAAUCAUUUCAGGGAUAUAAGCAGAGAUUGGAAAAGGAGGUUGAAAAAGCACAACGAGAGUUAGAAGAGUUGAAUAAGCGCAAACGGGAACGCACAAACCAUGCAAAUUCAAUGACAUCUCCGCUUAUUGAGAAGCGAGAUGAGCUUUUUAAUAAGAAUGUAGCGCUUUUGGCUGAAUUGAAGAAAUUAUCUUCCAAUUCAAGUAUAAAAAUGUAA